GGGCGAAGGGGCUCAGUCGGUGCCGCCAUGUUGGGGCUCGCGGGUCGCUGCGCCGCCGCCGCCGCCGCCGCCGCCCGGCCGGUGCUGAGCCGCGGGGCCGGGCCGGCCAACGGCCUCCUGCCGCUGCUCCUCAGCCGCGGGGCCGGCCCGGCCGCCGCCACCGGCAGCCGCCGCCGCUAUGCCGCGCAGCCGGCCCCCGCCGCCAAGGCCGGCGCCAGCACCGGGCGCAUCGUGGCCGUUAUCGGCGCCGUGGUGGACGUGCAGUUCGACGAGGGGCUGCCGCCCAUCCUCAACGCCCUGGAGGUGCAGGGCAGGGAGACGCGGCUGGUGCUGGAGGUGGCGCAGCACCUGGGGGAGAACACCGUGCGCACAAUUGCCAUGGACGGGACAGAAGGCCUGGUGAGGGGACAGAAGGUGCUGGACUCCGGUGCGCCCAUCCGGAUCCCUGUUGGCCCUGAGACCUUGGGCAGAAUCAUGAAUGUCAUCGGGGAGCCCAUUGACGAGAGGGGUCCCAUCACAACGAAACAGUUUGCUGCUAUCCACGCCGAAGCCCCCGAGUUCGUGGAGAUGAGCGUUGAGCAGGAGAUCCUGGUGACGGGGAUCAAGGUGGUGGACCUGCUGGCCCCCUACGCCAAGGGCGGCAAGAUCGGUUUAUUUGGAGGUGCCGGCGUCGGCAAGACGGUGCUGAUCAUGGAGCUGAUCAACAACGUGGCCAAAGCUCACGGCGGUUACUCGGUGUUCGCUGGCGUCGGGGAGCGAACCCGGGAGGGGAACGACUUGUACCACGAGAUGAUCGAGUCCGGGGUCAUCAACCUGAAAGACACCACUUCCAAGGUCGCCCUGGUCUACGGGCAGAUGAACGAGCCCCCGGGUGCCCGCGCCAGAGUGGCGCUGACUGGAUUGACAGUGGCCGAAUACUUCAGGGACCAGGAGGGUCAGGACGUGCUGCUCUUCAUCGACAACAUCUUCCGCUUCACCCAAGCUGGCUCAGAGGUGUCAGCCCUGCUGGGGAGAAUCCCCUCCGCCGUGGGCUACCAGCCCACGCUGGCCACCGACAUGGGCACCAUGCAGGAGCGGAUCACCACCACGCGCAAGGGUUCCAUCACGUCGGUGCAGGCCAUCUACGUGCCCGCAGAUGACUUGACCGACCCUGCCCCCGCCACCACCUUCGCCCACCUGGACGCCACCACCGUGCUGUCCCGCGCCAUCGCCGAGCUGGGCAUCUACCCGGCCGUGGACCCGCUGGACUCCACCUCCCGCAUCAUGGACCCCAACAUCGUGGGGCCCGAGCACUACGACGUGGCCCGGGGCGUGCAGAAGAUCCUGCAGGACUAUAAGUCCCUGCAGGACAUCAUCGCCAUCCUGGGCAUGGACGAGCUGUCGGAGGAGGACAAGCUGACGGUGGCGCGGGCGCGCAAGAUCCAGCGCUUCUUGUCGCAGCCCUUCCAGGUGGCCGAGGUCUUCACCGGCCACAUGGGCAAGCUGGUGCCGCUGAAGGAGACCAUCAAGGGCUUCAAGCAGAUCCUGGCGGGUGAAUACGACCACCUCCCCGAGCAGGCCUUCUACAUGGUGGGGCCCAUCGAGGAGGCGGUGGCCAAGGCGGAGAAGCUGGCCAAAGAGCACGCGUGAGCAGGGCCGCCCCCCCCCCCCUCCGCCCCCCUUCCCUGGCUCUGUGCGGGGCCAGACCCCCCCCAAAAAAAAAAAAAGUAUUUAAAAUUUCCAAUAAAAUGUUGGUGAAAACA